AGCAUCGAGUAUAAAAAAUGAAACACAAGGGUAUUGAAUGGUUAGCAAAGUGUUAAAAAACAAAAAUUCUUUUUUUUUUAUCACUUUAGGUUUAAGUCUGAUUUUAAAAACUUUUAAAAAUAAACAAUGGAUAAAUCUUCUUAUAAAGAUGGACAAGCAGAUUCUUUACCCACAGAGGUGUUUGGAUGGAAUCCAUACAGUCAUACUUCUCAAAAUGAAUAUAAUCAUCAAGCAAUUGAAGAACCUCUUCCUCGAUGGGCGCAAUCAAAUCAUGAAAUUAUGCAACUUACCGAUUUGUAUCAGCAACAAUUGGCUGAAUUAGCAUCCACUCAUACACUUCUUAUGAAUGAUCAAAAAGCGUUUGCAACAGCCAUGGAACCUUUUGUUGAAAAAGAUGGAACAUUUCGCGUACCUCCAGACGAAAAAUGGAUAUUUAUCAAACGAGGACUAGACUUAAGACUGUUAGAAUUUGAAGAGGAUUGCCGCCGUAUUCAACAAACGGAAAGGCAUCUUCAACGGAAAAUUGAUGAUUGUACUUUAACUUAUGAAACAAGUCUCAUUGAAGCCAGAGGUUAUGCUGAAACACGAUUAAUAGAACAAAUCCAAGAACAACAGAAAUUAAUAGAGUAUCAACAACACGAAUUAGAUGAAUUGCGUUUUCAAAGGGAUCUCUAUUCUGACGAAACAUCACGCUUACGACAAAUCUGCCGUUUUGGAACGUAUUCUCGUCCUAGCCCUGCUGAAGUGGCUGUGAAUCGCGUUGAACGGAUACCUUUGCCAACACGCAGAACGCUUCAUAAACAAUAUUGUUCUGAAAAACCACCAUUUGUUUGGAUGCAAAAGAUUCGUCACAGCCAAAAAAUAAAAAAACCUCAAAGAAAAAAACAAGAAGAAAUGUUACUAAAAAUACCCCGUACACCAGUCACCAAAUCGUCUAGUGUCACGCAUUCUUGGAUAUCUACCCCUAGUAAAAAUACAAAAAAAGUACCCCCCCUACCUUUGAAAUCUAAAACUCCACCAAUUCAGAACACUCUUAUGUCUGUUAUAACUCCUUUGUUGGAAAAUACAAAAAACCUAUUAGAUAAAAACACGGAUUAUAUAAUUCAAAAAUCGUCCACGGGAAAAGAACACGUGAGCACGCCAGCGUCUAUUGAAAGUUCAUCAGCGUCACUUUCGAGUGAAAAAAAAAAAACUGAUUCACUUCCUAGUUUACAACAUGUUUCUACAUUGUAUAAACCGCAAGACGCAAUCAAGUCAUGCGUUCAACCUUUAAAAAAAACCUCGAAAUCGUUACAAAAACCCGAUAUAGAAAGAGCGUUGACAUUAUACAAGUCCCGUCACCUUGAAUUUCCAAAGCCUGCAAGCUUCUCACGUAAGAAAUGCUUUCAAUAAAAAAAGCACUAAACGUUUUCUG